CCUCCCACACCAACGUCGCCGACACUCGCCAUGGCUUUCAAGUUUGGCUUGAAGAACAAGCUUGCGAGCGGCCCGACCAAGCCGUUGCUGGGAAAGAAGAAGCCGCUGUUCGAUGAAGAAGAGGAUGAGCCCGUACCCAAGCCCAAGGCCGCAGUUGCCGAGGAGGAAAUCGCAGAGUUCAACUUCGAAGACACGCUAGCCGCCGCGUCGAAAGCCGAAAAGCCUGCCCAGAAACCCAAGCCGAAGCCCAAAACACUCGAGCCCCCAAAGCGAAAAGCGCUCGCAAAAGAGGACGACCCGACCAGAGUCGCCAAUCUAGCCAGCGCCAAAGAGUCGGAACGACGUGCCAAAGAGGCCCAGGAGCUGGAUGCAUCCAUCUACGACUACGAUGCCGCCUACGAAGCCAUCCACGCAAGGCAGCUGGCAAAGAAGGCUGCUGAGCAAGAGGCUGCUGCGGACCAGACGCCAAAGUACAUGGAGGCCCUGUUUGAGUCAGCAGAGCAGCGCAAAAAGGACCAGCUCCGCGCACGAGACAAGAUCCUGCAACGCGAGCGGGAGGCCGAGGGCGACGAGUUCGCGGACAAGGAAAAAUUCGUGACGGGUGCGUACAAACUCCAGCAGGAGGAGGCGCGCAAGGCCGAGGAGGAAGAGAGGAAGAAGCAGGAGGAAGAGGAGGAGCAAAAGCGCAAGUACGGCAUGCAGAACUUCCAUAAGCUGAGACUGAUGGAGGAGGAGAAGCGACACCAAGAAGCCAUGGAGGCUGCCGCGGAGCUCGCCAAAUCAGGUGUGAGGCUGGAGGAACAGCCCAAGGAGAAGACAGAUGCAGAGAUAGCCGCCGAAGCACGAGCACAGGGCAAAGACAUUACCCUAAACGAAGAAGGCCAGGUCACGGACAAGAGACAGCUCCUCCAAGCUGGUCUCAACAUCAUUGCGAAACCGAAGAAGCCCAUGACCGCGGUUUCCACGGCACUGAAACCAUCGGCGCCAAACAACGGCUUCCAAGGCCGCAAUGCUGCGCGGAACGAUAUUCGGGCCAGGCACACCCAGAUGGUCGCCCAACAGAUCGAACAAGCUGCGAAGCGUAAAGCAGACGAGGAUGCUGAAGAGGCAAGAAAGCUCCUGCAUUCCAGCAAGAGCCAGAAGACGGCAACCGACAUCAGCAGUGCAAAGGAACGUUAUCUGCAGCGAAAGAAAGAAGCUGCGGCUGCAAAGGCGGCCGCUGAGGGCAAAUGAGGGAAAACCUCGCACUCUCCGUUGCCAGAUUGUCAGCGUCAUAGAGUUGUAUGAUCGAAUGCGUAAACCUCACAUCUGUGCCCUCAAACUGCUCCACAUUCUCCAUUUGGCCCAUCCACAUGACCCUCUCCCUGACGAAUAUCUCGCCCUCCGGUGGGUAUCGGUCUAGGCCUUGUGCCAACGUCCCGGCUUGUACGAUCGUGUAUCCUUUGUACCCUUCGGAUUCACUCUCCUUCCACAAUGUACUCGAGCAUGUGUCACAAAACGAGACGGUAAAGACGGGUCCUUGGCCUGACUUGAGCAGAAAUUUUCGCGGCGAGCCGACGAACCGGAGAGAGCUGGAUC